AUGUCAAACAACAAAGCGAAAAAAAUAGAUCCAAAUGAAAAUGUUCUGCAAAAACACGUUGCGUUCUUCGAUCGAAACCAUGACGGUAUCGUUUAUCCAUGGGAAACGUUCCAAGGAUUUCGAGCAAUAGGUUGUGGAUAUUUGUUAUCGUCGGUUGCUUGUAUUUUUAUAAAUUUUGGUCUCAGUCAGAAAACUCGUCCGGGAAAAUUUCCUUCUAUAUUUCUACCAAUAGAAAUUAAAAAUAUUGAGAAAGCAAAACAUGGAAGUGACUCUGGUGUCUAUGAUAGCCUAGGAAGGUUUGUUCCUUCAAAAUUUGAAGAGAUUUUCAUCAAGCAUGCAAAAAAGAAUCCAGGUGCUUUAACAUCUGAUGAAUUGAUGGGGUUGUUAAAGGCAAAUAGAGAGCCUAAGGAUUAUAAAGGAUGGUUUGCUAGCUACACAGAAUGGAAAAUUUUAUAUGUUCUUUGCAAAGAUAAGAAUGGUUUACUUCACAAGGAAACAGUUCGUGCUGUUUAUGAUGGAAGCUUGUUUGAACAAAUGGAAAAGGAACAUUCAGAAAAGAAAAAUAAAUAA